AUGUCUAGCAGAAAUAAGAAACCGUUGAACUAUAAACUGCUCAGUACAGUGGGUACGACAGAUUCUGGAGACGAAUUCGAACAGGACGCUAGAGUUCUUCCCCUUUAUGCAUCUCCAGGAAAAAUUGGCGAAUCGAUUUCGGAUGAGAAUGUUUCGUCCAAAUCGGAUGAGGGAGAAGAUGACGAAAUGGCUUUCAUGAUGAAACAGAUCCAAGAAUUGGACGCCGAAGAAAAACGUUUGUUGCAAGAACGUAAGAAGGAUGAACUGCGAAUGCAGUUAGAAGAAAAACAAAGACGAGUUCGUUCUUUGAAAAAGGAAAUUCGCUGUGGUAUAAUUGUAGGAGAUUCAAUUGUAAAGCAUCUGCCAUUGAUAGAGGGAGUACAGUUGAGUGCCUUCCCAGGGACUACAAUUACAAGGUUACAACAUCAAUUGUCUACAAUUAAUUUAUCUGCAUUCAGUUUUAUAAUAGUACAUGUUGGUACUAAUAAUGUUGCUAAAGGUCACAGUGUUGCCUUUAUGUGUAGCGCAUUUGCAGAUCUUGUUAAUUAUUUACGUGCUCGUGCCCCUGGGAUUCGUAUUAUUAUUUCAUCUGUACUUCCUCGUCCAGUGGAUGAUGAUUCUUCUAGGUCCAUUAUUUACGAAUUAAAUGCUUAUUUGGAGAAAAACAUGGCCAAGGAUUUAAAUUUUCAUUUUCUUAAAUCAUACAGGCCUUUUUGUUUUAAAGGUCAGAUUAAACGACAUUUAAUUGCUCGUUUGGAUGGAGGUUUACAUCUAAACUCUGAAGGUGGUGCUCCUAGACAUGCAUUUGCCUAA